AUGCCCGAAAUGACAUCUCGACGCUUCUACGUUGAGACCAGCCCCGAGGGGCGGCCUCAGUUCGUCACUGUCAAGCGAUCCCGAUCCUACCAUCACCACCGUCACUCCUGCGACUACUACAAGGUCAGCCGUGAAGAGUGGAAGACUCUUGUCAAGCAGAACCAGCAGCUUGAAGAGGCCAACCAGGACUUUGCUGCUCAGAACGAGACUCUGAGGGCGAGGCUCCAUAACGCAGAGGCCGAGACUCAUCGCCUGUGCCAUGUCGUUAUCCCUCAGCUCAGGGACCAAGUCGAGCACCUUGCGGCCGAGAAUGAGUGCCUCCGUCGAUCCAUCGACAAUUCCUGCGACUCUACAUCCCGGAGCCAUCGCGAAAUGGAUAAUCUGCGGGCCAAGGUCUGCCGUCUGGAAAAGGAGAACAAGACGCUGAAGGACGAGAACGGUGACCUCCGCUACCGUGUGUGCCAGCUGUCCAAACAGAUCGACCAUAACCUCAGCCGCCGUGUCGCCGACUUGACCAAGCAGAUCGAGUACUGGACCAACCAAUCUGGCUUCUGGAAGAAGACGUACGAGGAGCUGCGGGAGCGCCACAUUGGUCUCAUCACUGUUGUCGAGUCCAAGACGGAGAAGAUUGAGGUCUACGAGGAUAUCCUCAAGCGGCGACGUGUCUGUUAA